UUUAUUGACACACAUCUGUGUCACAGGGUUGCCCUUCAAUGUAGCUGGUUGCUCUUCGUGGUCGAGCUCAUUCAUUUCAUGCUUGCUGUUGCAACGAAAUAAACGUUAAUUCAAAAAAUACCUUCAUUUACCCGUGACACUAUGGCUGGCAAGAUUUUACCUGUUCUAAAGUUGGCCACUAAGUUGACCAUUGCAGGAGGUGCUUUGUAUGUUGCCUAUGAUUCUGGACUAUUAGGGGGAAGUGAGCAGGGCUCCGAGGUCCUAGGAAAAGCUAAAACUGCCAUUCCCCCUGCAGUGGAUGAGUGGGUGAAGUACUUUGGCUUUGAGCUUCCAGCUUUCCCUGAAAUCGGAUUCGCCCCUGGUGAAGCGUGGAACUCGGGGGUGCAGUCAUCCAUAUCUGCUCUCUCAUCGGGCCCUACAGCAGUGGGUGACUACACCAACCAAGGCUUGCAGUACCUGAAAGACCUCACCAAAUGAAAAGUGACAUCAUGCAACCCUCUGCAAUCACAACCAAAUCCGCUGGUGUAAUGUGACUGGUGCAAAUACAUACCUCCUGUAAAAGUCACUUGCUUGCUUUAAAUGCAUAGCACAUCAACUACAAAAAAUGCAGUGGCACAGUACAUUUUGUGGAAUUAGGUUUAGGCCAAUUAUUAAUUUGUUUAGUUGCUGAUAAUGCCAGAACUCAAUAUUUGCAUUCUAUUGUGUUGACAGCAAUUUGUCAACACAAGCAGAUAACAUUCUUCUUUACGCUACGUUUUGAGUAAAAAAAUGACCGAACUUGGGUACCGCAGAAAGACUUGCACCCAAGAGAUAAAUCUGAUUAAAUCCUGAUGGACAUAUUUAGUGCUGUCGUGUCUUGUGUGUGUAUACAUUGUUAAUUUUACUAUUUUUAUUUAUCUCAAGACUGAUUUAAUAUAUUUUGACCCGAUUCCCAAUCUAUCCCAUCAUGAUCCAACACAUCUUUUAUACAGAAAGAAUGUUGUGUGUAUAUAUAUUUAACCAUUUACGAGUGUAAAAUAAACCUAAACAUGUCAGAUGUGA